GACGCACCGUCAAGAUGUUUUCAGCGCUCAAGAAGCUGGUGGGGUCCGAGCCAGGGCAGUUCCGGGACAAGAACAUUCCAGCUGGCCUGCAGUCCAUGAACCAAAGUUUGCAGAGACGCUUCGCCAAAGGUGUCCAGUAUAACAUGAAAAUAGUCAUCCGGGGUGACAGAAACACCGGAAAGAGUACUUUAUGGCAUCGACUGCAGGGCAAGAAGUUUGUGGAGGAGUACCUGCCCACUCAGGAGAUCCAAGCCACGAGCAUCCAUUGGAAUUAUAAAACUACUGAUGAUGUGGUCAAGGUAGAGGUGUGGGACGUUGUAGACAAAGGCAAAGGCAAGAAGCGCGGAGAGAAUUUAAAAAUGGAGAAUGAGCCUCAAGAGUCUGAUGAGGUGGCCCUGGAUGCAGAGUUCCUGGAUGUGUACAAGAACUGUAAUGGAGUCAUCAUGAUGUUUGACAUCACCAAGCAGUGGACUUUUAACUACAUCCUGAGGGAGCUGCCCAAAGUACCCACCCACGUGCCGGUGUGCGUGUUGGGCAACCACAGGGACAUGGGCGAGCACCGCGUCAUCCUCCCCGACGAUAUCAGAGACCUAAUCGCUGGACUGAACAGACCAAUGGGAGCGUCUUACAUCCACUAUGCAGAGUCCUCAAUGAAGAAUGGGUUUGGUCUGAAAUAUCUGCACAGGUUUUUCAACAUCCCCUUCCUGCAGCUACAGAGAGAGACCCUCCUGAGGCAGCUGGAGACAAACCAGCUGGACAUGGAUGCCACCCUGGAGGAGCUCUGUGUCCAGCAGGAGACUGAAGAUCAGAACUAUGAGAUUUUCCUGGAGAACUUGGAGACUCGCAGUAAGGGCUUCGGCUCUCCUGGUCCCGCUAACGGUCAGAGUCCUGACUCGGGCUCCCAGUCCCCCAUCGUCCCUCCCAGCGGGGCGUCCACGGGCAGCUCCAGUCCCAGCACCCCUCAGCCCCCCGCACCCUCCCAGGUUCUCCCGCAGUCUCCCACUGUGUCUGCCUCCUCCCCUCCACCACCACCUCCGACGACGGCCGUCAGCGCAGCCAGUUCCCCCGCCAUUGAGUCGAAGCCGCCUGCCCAGUCGCCCGAGCACCUUCAGUCCUCGGCCGCACCGGGAGGGUCGGCAACCCAGAAACGCGGCUUCAUGUCCCGCUGGUUUGGAUCAUCUCCAGCCUCGGAGGCUCCUGCUUCGGCGCCAGACGACCCGCCCGCAUCAGUGUGUCCCACUAAGGUUCAGAGUCUGGAUGACUUUGUGCCAGAUGAGAGGCUGGAUAGAAGCUUCCUGGAGGACAGCCUGCCCUCCAAGACCAAGGUGCCUCCGCCUGCUCUGGCUGUGGACAGCGACAGUGACGGCGAAGACAGAGGAAACCCCAUGGUGUCUGGUUUCCAGGAUGAGCUGGAUCUCGACGACACAGAGCCCAGCCUUCCCCAACCUAAGACCCUGCCCCCCAGCAAAGACUUCACUCUGACCAGUGACGAGGACGAGGGGGUUCCAGAGGCCCCCAUCACACAGAACCAAGACCUGGACAGUGAACCUGAGCUGAAAGCGCCCGUGAUCCACAUCACAAAACCAAAGGCAGCUUCUAAAGCCCCGGAGCUCAGAGGCCAGAGCGCAGCGCCCAUCUCCCUCACUUUAACCCCAGCAGCAGAGCAGCUGCCCCGACACCAAGGCAAGAAGAAGGGAAGUCCGACCAGAACUGAGGACUCUGAUACAGACCCCGAGACCCCUGUGGCUCAUCAGAUGCUCUCGUAUGUCAUGGAUGACCCGGACUUUGAGUCGGAAGCGCCGGACACACCGAAAAUAACAAAGGACAUAUUUCCAGUCAGAGACGAGCUUCUGUCCGACCUCUCUGACGACGACAUGCAGUUAGCCAAGGUGCCAGAACCCCUGAAGCCCACCCUGAUCUCCUUCAAACACAAGGACGACACCGACCUGUUUGGACUCGGCAUCCAAGAAGAGGCUCCCGCAGCCAAGGAGAGCAGCGAGGAGCAGGAAGACAAAGAAAGCAAACACUCCUCCAAAGACAAGAAGAAAAAGAAGAAGAAGAGCAAAGAGGAAGACGAGAAGAACAAGAAGAAACACAAACACAAGAAAAAGGAGAAGGACGAAGUCGCAGCGGGAGACGAGAAAGACAAAAAGAAGAAGAAGUCCCGGACCAAGAAAACAGAAGUGGACGAGCUGGAGGACUUUCUGGGCGGAGGAGCGGCGUCGAUCAAAAGAGAUGACGGUGAUUAUGAAGAACUAUAAAAAAAAAAACAACAACAAAAAAAGCCUCCUGGUUCCUUGACUUGUAAGAGCAUAAAGCAUCUCCAAGCCAUACGCAAUACGCAAGGCUACCAACAACACCCAGGUAAAAUCACUAAGACUCUGGUACCUGUAUGUUCCUUCUGAUCGAUUUCCCCACCUGCACUACUGCUGUCACUUCCAUUCCAGCCGACAGGAAACGGCGAGGAGACCCGCGUGUGUGCUGUAGUGAGUCGUGACAUUACAUAUUUUGAUGAUUGGUGUGUUGUCACAGAUCGGCUCUUUGUACUUUGACACAGUUGAAUAUGUUGGCUGAACAUUUUUUUCUCUGAUUUGAUACAUUUGAUCCACUCCAAAUCUGCUACUGUAAAUAGGGUCCCCGUUUUGUUCUGAAUUAGUUUGUGUGGUGUAAUAAUGGAGAGCAUGCUUAAAGUGACGAGUGACUCUUUAGAGACUCCAUCGUGUUCUGUCUUUCUCUUUCUUUCCUACUUGUCGGAUUAAGCGCUCAAUGGCAGAUUUUGUCUAAUGUCUCUAAAUAUAAACACUGAGAAAGAAUUCAGAUUGAGUUGAUUUCAGAAUUUUGCCCAUCAAAUGAGUUUCCCUUCUUCACUCUUGGCGUACCUCCACACUAAACCGGCUACAUUUGAAAACAUUUUUGCUUUGUUUUGGCCUCCAUCCACACUAACAGGCGUGACUAAUGCAUGACACAAAAAUGCGAACGAUUUCAUAGUGAGCAGAAAGACCAACUCCCAGGAUCCUCUAAACCCAGAGCAGCAUCUGUCUGUCUGUCUGUCUGAGGCCACCUGUAGUAUAGCCUUAGAUACUGUAAGCGAGUUUAUUGAGUUUAUUUUUAGUUGUGCUCUUGAGUGAAUUUGAGUUCCCACUGGAAAACCGUUACGCAGUGUAUAUGUCUAGGGCUUUUAUUGUGAAAGGUGUUUGUCCCAGCAGAUGUAGACUGUGUGCAGCACAGUUCUGUUGUUUGCUGGUGAAAAGAGGAAAAAAGAAGAUGCGCUAUUGGGAGCCAUAUUUAGCAUUGGACAGGACAGUUGCACUCCUCAUCACUUGUAGUGUGUCGAAGUGGAAGACGUAUUACUUUUUCAGGACACUGUGGGGAAUCUGGGACGCCUCACUGUCCCGAACUCACUGUUUGAAAACCCGUUUGAUGUUGGGACAUUGAGUAAGUCUGUUUACUGUAGUCCGUCAAGUCAUAGCAAGAAUGUAUGACUCUGAAAAAGUGCAAUUGUAUGUUGUUGUUUUUUUUCACAGCAUUUAAAAAAAUAAUAAAUAAAUAAAUGAGCCGGCUUAGUGUGGACAUAGUUUGGAUGUGACCUAGGCCUGGCAAACUCUCACGCAUUUCAAUACGAUGGGCGAUAUAAAGGUCAGCAAAUAUGAUCCAGGUCAUGUCCAUGUAUUAUAAUAAUAUAUUGAAAAAAUUAUCAAAAUCUUGUCCAUAUAUUGUACAAGGAGUGGAUAACGUAAAAAUGAUCGUGGUCAUGUUCAUGUAUCUUAUUUCCUGAAUUCAUCCACUGGUCAGUUAACUGGUCCCAGACAAAUUAACUUAAAGGCCACUUUUUCUCCGCUCCACCCUGAAGGCUACACUCAAAUUGUCCUCAUGUUUUCUGCAAUUUGCCUUAACGGAGGUUUAACUACUAAGGGAAUGACGUACCGCCGCCCUUAUGAACCGUUUUUAUAAGUGUUCUUACUGUAAAGUGUUGGCUCGCCUUUUAUCAGUUAAAACAGUCUCCCUCCUCUCUGAAGCCUGUUGUCAGAUUGCAGUGAAUCAGUUCAUCUGUUUUGUCUUUUUGAUUUUGUUUGAUUCUCAUUGGAACGGCAAAAACAUCAUCCUGCUAAGAGAGUAUUGUGGAGUUGAGUUAAUAUUUCUCUGUAAGUGACUUUUCCCAAGAUGUCCCCGUUGUUUUAUCCUCGUGUUAUUUAUUGCUUCUGUUUUUGUUUUGGUGCAAGAAAAAACGUCAGGAUUUAUUUUGCGUGAGUUUGUGCUGAUGCCGUCCUCAACGGUCAAAAAACACUUGCAGCUUUCUACGAUCACAGCUGUUCAUAUCUCCUAUGAACACACUAAUGGUUCACUUCCACUGCUUUUAAAGACAUGAACUACAGUUAACUGUACCUGCUUUAACAACAGUUAGUAUCUUCCAUAAAUCCCCACAUUUUUAUCUAAUAAACAAUACGGACGUGUAUUUUUUAGACUCCACAGAUUUCAUACCAUCUCCUAUUCAUAUGUGGUUUACAAAGAAAUUAUGUUUGAUACUCCAAAGUUGAAACUAUGCAGCAUUGAUCCUGAAUACUGUGUGCUUUUUUUCUUUUUUCCUUUUCUUUUUUUUUUUUUUGUCUUUUGUCAUGUGAUUGAGGAUAAAUGCUGAAAGCGCAGUUUCAAGUAGAGCAUGAGACUUAAAUGUACAGAAAGAAAAGAAUGUAUAAAGUAUAUAAAUAAUAUCCAUAUAUCUGAAGAGGUUUGUUCCCAAAAUGAUACAUACACUUCGUGAGGAAACCAAGUGACUGAAAUGCUAUAAAAUGAUGGAACAAUGAAAGAUCCAACAGGGUGAAAAAAGUCCUGCUGCACGAAGGAAUAACGACGAGAAUGGAUAUGUACUUCCAGGUAUUUUUUAUUUCCGAGUGGAUGUAUGACAUUUUGGAACGAAACCCUUCAUUUAUUUUUCACCCCAUGACAUGUCCCAUCUUUACACUGUGUGAGUUUGCCUAUGUUUGGUUUGUCCAAUAAAUGCAAACUUAUUUCUUCAUAAA